AACCACGCGAUUUGUUGUAGUCGGGGCGGGAUUAGCUCUCGCCGAAGGUUGUGUGUGAAAAGUGUGUAGCAGGAGCGGAGCGGGUAGUACGGUGAGCUGUCCCUAACCUCGCCAAGAUGACCAAGCUGGGCUUCCUGCGUUUGUCCUAUGAGAAGCAGGACACGCUGCUGAAGCUGCUCAUCCUGUCUAUGGCUGCUGUCCUUUCAUUCUCCACCAGACUCUUCUCCGUGUUGAGGUUUGAAAGUGUCAUCCAUGAGUUUGAUCCGUACUUCAACUACCGUACCACCCGCUUCUUGGCAGAAGAAGGAUUUUAUAAGUUUCAUAACUGGUUUGAUGACAGGGCAUGGUAUCCUCUGGGGAGGAUCAUUGGUGGCACCAUUUAUCCAGGACUGAUGAUCACAUCUGCUGUCCUGUACCACGUCCUACAUUUUUUCCACAUCACAAUUGAUAUCCGUAAUGUCUGUGUCUUCCUGGCUCCCCUGUUCUCCUCCUUCACUGCCAUAGUCACAUACCACUUAACCAAGGAGCUGAAGGAUGCAGGUGCUGGGCUCCUGGCAGCUGCCAUGAUUGCAGUGGUGCCUGGUUAUAUCUCUCGUUCUGUUGCUGGCUCCUAUGAUAACGAAGGUAUUGCCAUCUUCUGCAUGCUGUUGACCUACUACAUGUGGAUCAAGGCUGUGAAAACAGGCUCAGUGUAUUGGUCGUCCAUGUGCGCGCUGGCAUACUUCUACAUGGUUUCUUCCUGGGGUGGCUAUGUGUUCCUGAUCAACCUUAUCCCCCUCCACGUCCUGGUGCUGAUGCUCACAGGCCGAUUCUCACACCGCAUAUAUGUGGCUUACUGCACAGUCUACUGCCUGGGCACCAUCCUCUCCAUGCAGAUCUCUUUUGUUGGUUUCCAGCCGGUGCAGUCAUCAGAGCACAUGGCAGCCUUCGGCGUGUUUGGCCUGUGCCAGAUCCAUGCCUUUGUGGAUUACCUUCGCAGCAAACUCAACGCCCAGCAAUUUGAGGUGCUGUUCAAGAGUGUCAUCUCUCUGGUGGGCUUCAUCCUGCUGUCUGUAGGUGCUGUUCUCAUGCUCACAGGUAAAAUCUCUCCAUGGACCGGCCGUUUCUACUCCCUGCUGGACCCCUCCUACGCCAAGAACAAUAUCCCCAUCAUUGCCUCUGUGUCUGAGCACCAGCCCACCACCUGGUCCUCAUAUUACUUUGACCUGCAGCUCCUGGUCUUCAUGUUUCCAGUUGGACUCUACUACUGUUUUAACAACCUGUCGGACGCCAGGAUCUUCAUCAUCAUGUACGGCGUCACCAGCAUGUACUUCUCAGCUGUCAUGGUGCGUCUGAUGCUGGUACUGGCUCCAGUCAUGUGCAUCCUAUCCGGCAUCGGUGUGUCCCAAGUUUUAACCACUUACAUGAAGAAUUUGGACGUCAGCCGGCCAGACAAAAAGAGCAAGAAGCAGCAGGAUUCCACCUACCCAAUCAAAAAUGAGGUUGCCAGUGGGAUGAUUCUGGUCAUGGCUUUCUUCCUCAUCACAUACACCUUCCAUUCCACCUGGGUGACGAGCGAAGCCUACUCCUCUCCAUCGAUUGUCCUGUCAGCCCGUGGAGGCGAUGGCAGCCGCAUCAUCUUUGAUGACUUCAGAGAAGCCUACUACUGGCUCCGCCACAACACUCCUGAGGAUGCCAAAGUCAUGUCAUGGUGGGAUUACGGCUAUCAGAUAACUGCCAUGGCUAAUCGAACCAUUCUGGUGGACAACAACACAUGGAACAACACACACAUCUCCAGAGUUGGACAGGCCAUGGCAUCCACAGAGGAAAGGGCCUAUGAGAUUAUGAGGGAGCUUGAUGUCAGUUAUGUUCUGGUCAUCUUUGGAGGGCUGACGGGCUACUCCUCAGACGACAUCAAUAAGUUUCUGUGGAUGGUCCGUAUUGGGGGAAGUACAGACACAGGCAAGCAUAUUAAGGAGCAUGACUACUACACUCCCACCGGAGAGUUCAGGGUGGACCGCGAGGGCUCGCCAGUCCUGCUUAACUGCCUCAUGUACAAGAUGUGCUACUACCGCUUCGGCCAGGUCUACACAGAGGCCAAGCGCCCACCUGGGUAUGACAGAGUGAGAAAUGCUGAGAUUGGGAACAAAGACUUUGAACUGGAUGUAUUGGAGGAGGCCUACACAACAGAGCACUGGCUGGUUAGGAUAUACAAGGUGAAAGAUCUGGACAAUCGAGGUCUUUCAAGGACAUAAAGUUUCCAGACAGCAGUGAAAACAGCCUUUAAGCGCACUGAACGCCUUCCUCUGUGGUCUGCAGAUGAGUGGGAAAAAGAAAAAAAAAAGAGUACCUUUUUAUAUACCUUUUUGUUUCGGAGAUGAAAAUGGCAUCAGAUAUUCCUCCUUUUUUUCUUUAUGGAUGAUUUUCAUUUUUUAUUUUGUUUAUAAUGAAACAUCUCGUCUGGGACCAGAGAGAUGAUGUCAAAACGUCCAGUCUGAUGUAGGAAGCAUAUUUGCCAAGAAGUGGUCAUUUGAGUGGUUGGGAUUUUUACAAUGGUCAAUUAAAGUGGGAUUAAAUCUGAUUAAAA